CGUAUGGAGGCAGCUGCGUCUGGGAAAAUUAAAAUUAAAAUUUAAAAAUCAUGGAUUAAUUACGUGCAGCUAUUUUAAGAAUGCUUAACUUUUAUGUAUAUAUACUCGCAAUGAGGUACAGAAAAAUUUCACUGUACUCCAAAUUGUUUGCAGUCUUUAGGUUGCUAUACAACAACCAAAAUGUCGGCCGAGGAAUUGAGCAAAGAUCAAGUUGCAUUGCUGAAAAAUGCCUUCGAUACAUUCGAUGUCGAGAAGAAAGGCAGCAUUGGUACCGUGAUGAUUGGCACAAUAUUGAGCAUGUUAGGCGUUCAAACAACUGAACAAAUGUUGGCGGAUAUCAUCAAUGAAGUCGACGAAGAUGGUACGUAUAGGACUAAAAUUGCAUAUUUAGGACCAGAAGGUACCAUAGAAUUUUGUUAUAGCAAAGUUGUGAACUACAGUCGACAUCAAGUGCAAGGUCUCUGUGCGAUUUCUACCACAUUGGUUAGGUUCGGAUUUUGAAUUGCAGGUUAACUAUGGUCUUACAGCUAACCAGAAGUGAACUCUUAAUAUGUGCUGUUCAAUAGCAGGUUUGCCCUAAAACGGUAGUUGACUUUAACCAGAAGGCCAUCUACCUAGUAGUUAAAUAGAAAGUUGUAGUUACCCCGCAGUUCCUAACCCUUUUGCUUGACAAUGACAUGAGUUGUCGCGGAUUACACUACACACAAACAUCGAACGUUACAAAAUCCACAAAUCAGGAUUAUUCCAGAAGUAGAGGCUACGUUGUCAGAUCAAACGCAACGUAUGAGUUAACCAGAUAUUGAAAAACUAUAAUAGUUAAAUUACAAGUUAUAAUUACCAAUCUCGAAAGUUAACCAGCGAUUGAAAAACCGGACCUAAGAGUUAAGAUUCGAGAUUCAAACUACUAAACUAACCACGAACGUAGUACUCGUAUUCAUUCAUUUCGUUUAUGUGGCAUCAGGAUACUUAAUAGUUCUAAGGCCUCUUAAGUGGAGAUGGCCAUAGUCAAUAGUCAGCAACAGAGAGUUAUGCAACCGAAACCGCAUUGGGGUCUCGCACUAAAUAGAAAGUAAUAAUAGUCUAGGAUUCCAUGGAACAUUUUACAUCAUCAUUUCUUUAUGGGUGGCUGCGACUUGUAGACGAGCUUGUGUAAGAAGUUUCAAAUUUAGAGGUAUACCUUUAUCCCCUAGGAUCUGGUGAGUUGGAGUUUGA